AUGGCGGUCCUCGAACAAUUUGAUUACAUCUUUGCCAUUGGCAUGAUUUUUGCUUUCCUCGAUGCUUGGAAUAUCGGUGCAAACGAUGUUGCGAAUUCCUUCGCCACAUCCGUCUCAUCCAGAUCCUUGACCAUGAAGCAAGCUAUGAUGAUAGCUACCGUAAUGGAAUUUGGUGGCGCCGUUGGUGUUGGUGCUCGGGUGGCAGAUACUAUUCGUGGGAAAAUUCUUUCCACCCAGGCUUUCGAGGCAGAACCAUCUGUCUUGAUGCUGGGGAUGACAUGUGCUCUUGUGUCCUCUUCUUUAUAUUUAACACUGGCCACAAGAUUAGGUCUCCCUGUUUCCACUACCCACAGCAUAAUCGGGGGAGUGAUAGGAGUAGGAAUUGCGGCGAUAGGCGGCGAUGGAGUAAAUUGGGGUUGGAAUGGUGUAUCACAAGUAUUCGCGGCCUGGAUCAUCGCGCCCGGAAUCGCGGGUUGUUUUGCAGCUAUCCUCUUCCUGAUCACAAAGCAUUCAGUCAUGAAACGAAAGAAUCCUGUACGGGCUGCCCUUAUCAGUAUUCCAUUCUAUUUUGCGCUUACCACGGGUUUAUUAACCAUGCUUAUCGUCUGGAAAGGUGCCGCUUCUGCAUCAGAAGCUGUCAAAACCUGGGGUCCCGGUGAAUACGUUGGUGUUAUUUUCGGUGUUGCAAUAGGAUGCGCCCUCUUAUCCGUCAUUUUUCUCAUUCCUUUCCUCUACCGUAAACUAAUGCUCAACGAUUGGCAACUCCACUGGUGGCAUAUUAUUCAAGGUCCUUUGCUACUUCGACGUGGAGAGGUCCCUCCCAAUACCUCUGGACGAGAGAUCAUUCAGAAUUAUUACAAGGGACACAAGACUCGUGCGGAGCUUGACGCUGAAGGACCGAAUACCGUGAGAACUGUGCCCAGUGGUGACGUUGAAUCGAGUUCGAAUGAUGACGCGAAUGAGAAACAUGGCAUAUCAGACAUCGGUUCCUCAACAAGAAACGAGAUAACACCUACUCCCGUGCACACAAACGAAGACGCCACACCGCCAAAACCCUGGUACGAUCCGCCCACCAUCCUUGCCACAGCCAAACGACUCUUCUUCCACGGCGUCACCGUCGACGUCGUCGCAGAACAAAAGAAAUCCUCCAUCCUAACCGGCGACCUAGAAGCCAUGCACGCCCGCGCAACCCACUACGACAACAAAGCCGAACACACCUAUUCCUUCCUACAAGUACUAACCGCAGCCACAGCCUCCUUCGCCCACGGCGCCAACGACGUAUCCAACGCCGUUGGACCCCUCGCCGCCAUCUAUUUCAUCUGGCACACGGGAUCCAUAAAUUCCAAAUCGCCCGUCCCGGUCUGGAUUCUCUGUUACGGAGCCGGUGCGCUCGUUAUCGGUCUGUGGACUUAUGGAUACAAUAUUAUGCGAAAUUUGGGAAAUAGACUCACGUUACAUUCUCCGUCGCGGGGAUUUUGCAUGGAGCUUGGAUCGGCUAUUACGGUGAUUAUGGCGACGCGGCUUGCGUUGCCCGUUUCUACUACUCAGUGUAUUGUUGGGGCGACGGUUGGUGUUGGUCUUGUGAAUGGGGAUGUGAAGAGUAUUAAUUGGCGGAUGGUGGGGUGGAUUUAUAUGGGAUGGAUUAUCACGUUGCCCGUUACGGGGAUUAUUUCGGGGUGUCUGAUGGGGAUUAUUUUGAAUGCACCCAGGUGGGGUAUGGGUGUCUGA